UACGCAGCCACGUCAUGUAAACGAAACGGGGAAGGAGUACGCGCAUCAGAGUAACCAAAAUAGAAGACAGGACCAGCAUUUCUGCACAGUGAUCAAUUUUUCGUUGCUGCACCUGCAAUUUCACCAAAACCAGCACCGGCGGAGAACAGACAGAUAAUUUCCCGGGUGUCAAAUCAUAUGGCAAGAUGUCAGAUAUCGGGGACUGGUUUAAAAACAUCCCUUUCGUCACUCGAUACUGGUUUGCGGGCUCAAUAGCCGUGCCGCUAAUAGGAAAGCUGGGAUUAAUCAGUCCUGUGUAUCUUGUGUUAUGGCCGGAGGCUUUCUUUUAUAAAUUUCAGAUAUGGAGACCGCUAACUGCAACAAUGUAUUUCCCAGUCGGCCCAGGAACAGGGUUUCUUUACCUGGUUAAUUUGUAUUUCCUAUACCAGUACUCCACUAGGCUCGAAACAGGAGCGUUUGAUGGAAGACCAGCAGAUUACAUUUUCAUGCUUAUGUUCAACUGGAUUUGCAUCGUUAUAACUGGUUUAAUGAUGGAUAUGCAGCUCCUGAUGAUCCCUUUGAUAAUGUCUGUUCUGUACGUCUGGGCUCAGCUAAAUCGAGACACGGUUGUGUCUUUCUGGUUUGGCACUAGAUUCAAGGCUUGUUAUCUCCCUUGGGUUAUUCUUGGAUUCAACUACAUCAUCGGUGGCUCUGUUGUCAACGAGCUGAUCGGGAACUUAGUGGGCCACCUUUACUUCUUUCUGAUGUUCAAAUACCCCAUGGAUCUGGGUGGCAGGUCAUUUCUUUCCACCCCUCAGUUCCUGUACAAUUGGUUUCCCAGUCGACGAGGUGGAGUUUCUGGAUUUGGUGUUCCCCCAAGCAGGAGACCUGUGCCUCAGCAACAGGCCGGAGGAGGAGGUGGUGGUGGACGGCAUAACUGGGGUCAAGGUUUUCGGCUGGGGGACGACUGACCCUUUUAUCUCGCGCCUGUGGAUAAACACUGAAACUUCUAACAUCAAUGCUGCAAAAUAUGGAUUUUAUAUGUUUUGGAAUUGAUUUGUAUUUGUUGUUUUUCUUCUGACUUACAAGGAGAAGAAGAAUGUGAGAGAGAUUUUUCCCCAGCGUUAUGUCUUGUUUUUUGUUUUACUCUUGAUGUAAUUUCACACUGUCAUUUCAGUGUGUACAGAAACUAGGAAAUUCAGAGGACCGGCGUUGAUUGUCUUUCCCACAAUACAACAGCGUAUCAGUAUAUGUAGGCUUCAUAUUACUUGCUCACAGUUGAAAUCUUAUCCAUUUCAUUUCUCUGUUUACAUUCAAUGUAAAAUGUUUGCAUAUUUGUUUCAGAACAGUCAUGGCCAAUUUUUUAUUAAUCUUAAUUUACGCUUAAAAUUCGUUAGGUUUAAAUUGUCAAAUCUUUUUUUUCCUGAACAGUACACAUGCUUUACAUUUGUGAAUGAACUGAAUUAUCAAUCAGAUACUUGCAGAUGAAAAUGCUGUGCAUGUUUCAGUCUGUUUUAUAUACAUAUUUAGUUGCAGGCAGGCCUUGAGAAAAGGCUAUCAGUCAGUCUGGUUACAGAAUAACUAGCUUGCACUUUUCACACAUUCAACUAAAUAAAAAUGAUGGUGUAAUAUGUAUAUAAAUACACAUUAGACAUUUUUUUAAUCUGGCAUCGAUUAGCAAACUGAAUCAAAAUUUAUUUUAUAAUUAAAAGUUUGUGUUGUAUCAAUAGUGCACUAUGGCAUUAGGUUGAAUGAAUACUUUAAUGUAUGACACAAUGUGUUAUAGUGAUGUCUCUCAACACACUGUAAAGAUGAGAAAAAUCAAAUCCAGUUUCCUUGAUAUGUUAAUAACAUGGUAUAUGGUGGUACGAUCCUGCCUAAAUUCCCUUUCAGAACGUAGUACUACUGUUCGACUAAAUAUAUUUCAUUUACAUGUCUGCUGCUUCAUUAUCAAGCGCUCUUUAAAUUACUGAUGCUACAAAUACACUGUAAAGACCAACAGUGCUCACUAUUUUGAUCACAUUUGACUGCAUAUUAAAGGGAUAGUUCAUCCAAAAAUAAUUUUUUUGCCAGUUAAUCACAUUCAAUUGUUAUAAACCUCUAUACACGUCAUAGUUCUGCUGAACACAAAAAUAUUUUGAACAAUGUUUGUAAUCCAAGUUAUUGAGCACCAUUAAGUUCCAUAUACAUUUUAUUAUUACUAUGGAAGUCAGUGGCACUCUGGCUAGAUUACAUUUCUCUUUGUCUUCAGCAAAACACAGAAAUUUAUACAGGUUUGUUACAAUUUGAGAUUAGAAUUUUCAUUUUUGGGCAAAUUAAUCCUUUUAGGGAUUAGAUUCAAUAUAUACAGACACCCCCAAUAACAUUAUGAACUCUUAAUGAAAAUAUGCUCUGUGUGAUGAUGUUUUGCUUUGGCAUUGGGCGAUGUUGGCGUUUAUGUAAACAUCAGGUCGUAAUACAGGCUUUCAAUCAGUUGUGUUUUAUUGAGUUACAGCAGACUGGUUCUUAUAAAGAGCAAGCAGAUUCUUGGUAGCAGUACAGUUUUCCUGAUACAUGUCUGAACGUGACACUAAUGCAGCUGCAGGAAAAGAAAUACACAGAAGCUAGUCGAAGCAGUUCACAGCCGAGUAGUGGAAAUGGUACUACACCUUGGAUACCAGAAAAGCCAACAUGAUAAAGAUAAUUUUGCCGUUACUGUAAUAUUGCCAAAAAUUAGCCUAUAACAACAAAUAAACGUGCUGUGCAUCACUGU